GGGGUUGGAGGGUUGAUUGUGGGUCUUCGGAAGAUAGUGGCUGUAGCUCCCUCUGACUUCUUUUUUUCGCUGCUACUAUCCUCUGGAAUAUGCUUGCUCUGCUUUUGAUGCAGCUCUUACAUGCAGGAUUUGGAGCGCCCGGCACACCUCAGAGAACCUUUGGGAUUGAUUAUGCCCGCAACUGCUUCCUCAAGGAUGGCCAACCAUUCCGCUACAUCUCAGGCAGCAUUCAUUAUUCCCGUGUGCCUCAGUACUACUGGAAAGACCGUCUCUUGAAGAUGAAAAUGGCAGGGCUGGAUGCAAUUCAAACGUAUGUGCCAUGGAACUUUCAUGAAUCUGAACCGGGGGUUUACAACUUCACUGGUGACAGGGAUCUUGAGUAUUUCCUACAGCUUGCCAAGGAGAUUGACUUGCUGGUUAUACUUAGAGCAGGGCCUUAUAUAUGUGCAGAAUGGGAUAUGGGUGGUCUACCUGCUUGGUUACUAGAAAAAAAAACUAUUGUCCUUAGAUCUUCUGAUUCUGAUUACUUGGCAGCUGUAGGGAGGUGGAUGGGGGUCUUGCUGCCAAAGAUGAAGACUCAUCUUUAUCAAAAUGGAGGCCCAAUUAUUAUGGUGCAGGUUGAAAAUGAAUACGGAAGUUACUUCGCCUGCGAUUUUGAUUACCUUCGUUACCUGCAGAAUCUGUUCCGCCAGCAUCUUGGUGAUAAAGUGGUGCUGUUUACUACAGAUGGCACAAGCAAAAUCUUCUUGCAAUGUGGAGCUCUUCAGGGUCUUUAUUCCACUGUGGAUUUUGGGCCAGGUGGUAAUGUCACAGCAGCAUUUUCAGCUCAGAGACACAGUGAGCCUAAAGGCCCCUUGGUCAAUUCUGAAUUUUAUACUGGCUGGUUGGAUCACUGGGGUCAUCAGCAUUGUGUUGUACCAUCAUCAACUAUAAUGAAAAGCCUUGUUGAAAUCCUGGCACGUGGAGCUAACGUUAACAUGUACAUGUUUAUAGGAGGGACCAAUUUUGCCUAUUGGAAUGGAGCCAAUAUGCCUUAUUCACCACAGCCUACCAGUUAUGAUUAUGAUGCCCCACUGAGUGAAGCAGGAGAUCUCACAGAGAAGUACUUUGCUAUCAGAGAAGUCAUUGGUAUGUUCAAGGAAAUACCAAAGGGCCCUAUACCUCCAACAACACCCAAGUUUGCCUAUGGACAAGUUGUACUAGAGAAGGUGGGCACAGUGAGGGACUUUCUAGAUCAACUGUCACCAUCUGGACCAAUUAAAAGCACCUACCCUUUGACAUUUGUUCAGCUAAAGCAGUAUUUUGGGUAUGUACUGUACAGAACUACGCUUCCAAAAAACUGUAGUGAGAGGACCCCUCUUGCAUCAACAUUUGAUGGCGUUCAUGACCGUGCCUACAUUUCUGUAGAUGGGAUUCCACAAGGAGUCCUUGAAAGAAGCAAGGUGUUAAAGCUAAAUAUAACUGGGAAAGCUGGAACAUAUUUGGAUUUGCUGGUAGAAAAUAUGGGCCGAGUGAAUUAUGGAAGAUACAUCAAUGACUUCAAGGGCCUGGUUUCAAAUUUAACUCUUGCUGAAGAGAUACUUGAAGACUGGGACAUAUAUCCACUGAACAUUGAUGAAGCAGUGGAACAAGGCCUCAUUAAUAAGAUACCUGGGAAUAUAUCAAGCUAUGAUGUGCCUACUUUUUAUACUGGCAGUUUUUCCAUCCCAUCUGGAAUCCCUGACUUACCCCAAGACACCUACAUCAAGUUUCCUGGGUGGACAAAGGGACAAGUCUGGAUCAAUGGCUUUAACUUAGGACGCUACUGGCCAGCCCGUGGUCCUCAAAUUACACUGUUUGUUCCAAGCAACAUCCUCGUCACCUCGUCUCCAAACAACAUUACUGUACUGGAGCUAGAGAAGUCUCCUUGUGGCACUGAGAAAUGUUUGAUAGAGUUCGUAGACAGACCCGAUAUCAAUGCAACUCUUCACUAUGAAAACAAAACUGAGAAACUGUUUACCAGAGAUGUAUGGCUGGACUACAUAUGAUUAUUCUGCAUUGCCUCUUUGCACCUUCCUUUAUUCAACAGACCCUCCAUAUUCUGCAUUCUGCAUUGUGGAAAAUAAAAUCAGUGUUUAAAAUCCAGAGGAAUGACUUGCCUAUGUAAUCAUGGGGGAGGGGAGAAAUCUAAGUCUGGUGGGUGCCCCAUUGAUUAAACAAAAGAUAAACACGAUAUCUGUUUAAAUAAUAAAUAAUUGGACACACACCAGAAUUGGUCUUCUCCCGCUGCCUCUUAUUAAUUUUGGGGUGUUGCCCUCCCAUUGUGGCCUUUGUAAUCAAACCUAGAAUGUUCAGAUUCAUAGUUUCAUAGAAGAUGCUAAAGGCUAUGUGUUGAAUAUGAAUAUAAAGUGAACAUUUUAAGGGCUCUUAAACAGCCUUUUAACUACCGCUAAAAUUUAUUUUCAGCACUGUGCUAAUCCCACACGGAAUGUGGAUGAUGCCCUAAAAUUCCUUUUUAACCAUUAGUAUUCAUCAUGGAAUAACCACUGUUGAGACACACCAUUCGCCUAGAAGUGCAAAUUUUACUGCCAAGAUGACAGCAUAUGCAUCCAACUCCAGCAUAACAUCUGGCUCAUGAGACCUGUCUUGAUGCUGAUUGUCUUGAUGAUGUGGUUGAAACAACGCCUUUGUAUUUAUUUAUUUUAAAGGUGUGGUAGAUGUCAUAAUGCUACCAGCCUGUUAGUCAUAAUGUGUGAAACAAUCAUCGCUAGACAAGUUUUCAAUCAUCACUAGACAAGUUUUCAAACUUAAAAUGAGAAUGCAGUGAUCUGUUUGUAUCAAGUUCACUUGUUAGCAUAGUGAUUCUCAAGAUCAGGCUUUCUAGGGAAAUGUGAGCAGUUGCUUGGGAAGUUUCUCUCUCUUAUGUGACAUUCCUUCACGUUUGUGCCAGGAUUUCAUGGGGUGAGAGAGUGCCAGUUAUCUCUGUCUUGCCAUUCUGUGCAGCUCAGGAAACUCUGUGCUCUGCUUCUUGAACAGUGAAUGGAGGUAAUUCCAUUUUUGGCAUUUUUAAAAGAGCAACCUGAAAGCAUAUUCUGUGCCUUGCUCCCUUCCCCCUUUUUGCAGCUUACCCCAUGCAAACUGUUGUCAGGGAAUCUGUAUUUCGUGUUUAUGUAUUUCUUUUUGCCUUGGUUAUAUGUGAUGGGAGCUUAGAAAAGAUUUCAAGUCAAGUCAAGUCAAAUUUUAUUUACAGUCCUAGACCAAACAAUUAGAAAAGAUUUAAUGUUGACCAAAACAUUGUUCACACAUGCAAUGACAUUGUUUGACUUAUUGCUCAUACAAACAAUUUGUAUCUCAAUUUGCUUCAGUGGAGGUCAGAGCAAUUUGCAUUGAGUUAAGAUUAUACCCUCCCAACCAUUUUAUGAUAUAGAUUAGGUUGAAAUCAAGAGUUGUCCAAAGUCACCUGCUGGGUUUUGUGACUGGGAACAUCUUCAUACUUCCCUUCCCAACCUGGAAAUGCUUUUCCACCAGUGUUUGCUGCAGAAAACACACAGUCUGAAGGGGUGAUGUGCAUUUUUACCAUUAACACACAGCAGGGAAGUACAAUUGCCUUAGUUUCUUGGUGCAUGCCCACUGAUGUGUCUUACUUUAAAAGGGACAGACAAAUUCAUGGAGGACAGGUCUAUGAAUGGCUACGAGUCGAAUGGCUAUAGGCCAUCUUCAGCCUCACAGGCAAGAUGACUCCAAAUACCAGUUGCAGGGGAGCAACAGCAGGUGAGACGACAUGCCCUCACCUCUUGUCUGUAGGCUUCUCAGAGGCAUCUGGUGGGCCACUGUGGGGGAAAGGAUGUUAGUCUUGAUGGGCCUUAGGCCUGAUCCAGCAGGGCUGUUCUUAUGACCUGCUGUGUUAAAUAUGAGAUAGAACCAAGCUCAGACUUUAAUACAAUCUCCAUCACAUUGGAUCUUGUAAUAUGACAUUUCUAGGUGAACACAAUGUUUUUGAACCUUUGCUAUUUCUGCAUACAUUGAUUGCUUCCAAACUGGCCAUCUAUUCUGAAAAUGCCAGCUUUUGCUUUUUAUAAUGAAUUCACACAUUCUUGCCAAGCCAUUGUAUUUCAGUGUUCUUUCUGUGCUAUUGUUUCAACUCUCUUAAGUUAUUGUUUGUAGUGAUUUUUCUACUUGAAAGACAACUGCUGUACUUGCAUGCCCAGAGUGAACUUGCAAAGCACUUUUGAGGCUUUCUAACGCUGCUCUCUUUAAUUCAUAGCUUCCUUCUUGCAACUUCUGCUUUGAAUUUGUUUCCUGUUCAGUAUGGGUAUGCAUGAACUGUUGGAUCCUGAACUGGUUAGCCUGAAACUGGGCCAGUUCAGUGGCUUGAUUGGGAACUGGACUGGAGGCAGUCUGGUCCGUGAUCGACGCAAGACCAGUCCAUGGCAGACUGGUUCGGGUACAAGGAGCUAUGCUUGAAAAGAGGAAUCCGGUGAGGAUUCCCCUUUACAAGCAAAGUGGGGGAGAUCCUUGAAAAGUCUUCGAAAGGGUGGCUGGGAGGCGGCAAGAGGGUGCUUUAAAAGUAGAUUAUGGUUCUUACUGGCUCAGCAGUGGCCACUACCACCCCUCAAAGCCCCUCUGGUGCAACCCAAGUGCGUGGCACUCCCUACAGCAAUCAGCCUAUGUGGGGAUGCAAUUCCGGCCUCUGCCGAUGCACGGCCGAACCAAACCGGUUCACGGACUAGUGGUUCAUUUUGUAUUUUUUCUGAAUUAGAACUAAACCAAAAAAUUUGGUUCAUGGACAUCCCAAGUAUUUUGCCACUUAAUUAGUUCCUGAUCCCUACAGAGGGCAGGGGCAAGGGCUUCAUUUAUUAGGGCACUCAUUACAUUUUUUUAUUUGGGAAAAACAAUAAAGAAAAGAAAAAAGUAAUAGGAGGAAACCAGUAAUUAACUCCCCCUUCAGAGAAUAGUAAUGGAGUAAUUAAGGGGUAAGCCACCUAAUGGCGCAGCAGGGAAGUAACUUGCCUAGUGAGCAAGAGGUUGCUGGUUUGAAUCCCCGCUGGUGUGUUUCCCAGACUUUGGGAAACACCUAUGUCGGGCUGCAGUGAUAUAGGAAGAUGCUGAAAAGCAUAAUCUCAUACUGCGUAAGAGAUGGCAAUGGUAAACCCCUCCUGUAGUCUACCAAAGAAAACCACAUGGCUCUGUGGUUGCCAAGAGCCGACACCGACUCAAUGGCACAACUUUACUUUAAUCAAGGGGUAGUUAAAGGGCAAUUCGUCAGAAAUUUCACUGCUGCACUGAACAAGAAGCAAUUAGAGUCAGAGACCACAAGGAGGAAGCUGCUAAUUAAAGUUGUAAGGAAUCUUGAAUGGGACUGUUCUCCGUAAGCAUUAUCAAAAGAUCUUGCUCAUGGGAAUAGGCAUUGCCAGACAAUAGAGCACUAUAUAUUAAGUGCCAUGUGGAACCACAAUUUAAUUUGCCUUCUAGCUGAUUGUGAACAAGCCAUGCCUUAACUGUGCUAAAAGGACCUGGUACGAAAGCAACCUCUUUCUCUAUUCCAGUUAACUUAAAAGUGCCUGAUCAUAAUUACUAUGGGUUUUGUUUUUUUUUGUAACAGUUAUUAGCAAAUGGUUGGCUUUACCAGCUACUUUGCAAAAGCUGGUCUACUUUGAAAGAGCCUUAAAAAUGAAAAACAAACAAACAUGAGACAUUAAAAUAUUUUCAUGGAG